CGGAGCCACAUUUCCUAUUCCCAUCCGGCCUCUACGUCGUGGAUUCGUACAACGUUGGUCUCAGAGAAAUUGUUCUGUGCUGGGUGAUGAGAUACUGGCUUAGACUUUCAAAGUAAGGUUUUCAAGACCUGCACAGGCUGAAGAUUUGACAUCAAGGAAGCUACCUAUAUACCAGGAAAAUGUUUUGGGGCCUUGUGGUGGAAGCAAACAAGCGAUAUGCUCAGACUGUCGCCAAAGAAUUUCACAUCUCUAUGGCUGCCCUAGCCAAUCGUGAUUCUGCAAGUAAAUGUACUCUAAAAUUGGAGUAUCAGGGACAAGAGAUUAUAUUAUGCCAUUUGGAUCCUGAGAAAAAUUUCCAGCAGCCAUUGGAUUUGAGUUUUGAUGAAGGAGAUGCUAUUGUCUUCUCACUUGAAGGACUAGGUUCAAUACACCUCUCUGGUUACACGUUAGGAGGAGAUGAAGAGGAGGAGGGAGAUAGUGAAGAGGAUGAAGAGGCAAUGGCUGAGAUGAUGAGGGCCCUAAAGGGGAAGACUCAGAAGAAGAUGGGGGUUAAUGACAUGGAGUCCUAUUCAGAGGAAGAAGAUUCUGAUGAGGGGGAGGCUGAGCUUCCUCAGCUGAAGCUCUCUGAAUCCAAGAAGCGUAGUAGAGCAGGUGACUUGCAGUCUGGUGUUUCUCCUGCCAUGAAGAAGGCAAAACAGGUGGAGAAGGUCAAGGAAGAGGAAGAUGAGAGUGACGAAGAGCAAGACGAGGAUGAAAUGAAGCAAAUGCUAGACAUUGAAGCUUUGGAGGAUGAAGAUGACCUCUCUGACAUUGACAUGGAUGAGCUUUCUGAGGAAGAGGAUGAAGACAGUGAGGAUGAAGGGGGAGCAGAAAAGGCCAAGAAGGAAAGUCAAAAGAAAAAACUGCAGUUCCAGGUUGAGAAGAAGAAGGAAGGGAAAAAGGCAGAAGCAGAUGUGAAGAAGGAUAAGAAAUCACCUGGGACCCCAGCAUCUCAAGCACCCAAAACUCCAGCUACUCCAAUGUCCAAUGGGACAGAGAGUGGUAAGAAGAAGAGAAAGAGGAAGAAGAAGAAGAAGGGUGGAAUUGAAGGAGAUGGGACUCCUGGACAGCCUGGGCAGGUUAAACCUGAGAAUAGGUCACCUGUUGGGACACCUGGUGGCCCAGGGAAAACGGAAAACAAAGGGGGUGUCCUGGUCACCACUCUGAAGCAGGGUUCUGGACCUGUUGCCAAGGCUGGCAGAUUUGCAGAUGAUUUUGGGAAUGGUCUGCAGACAAAAAACAUUGUGGGCCAUGUGGCUGAUUUGCAGGUGCAUGUGUACUACCAAGGGAAGCUGAAAACAAGUGGGAAGGUGUUUGAUGCACAAAGACAGGGGAAAGGGUUUCGAUUCCGAGUGGGAGCGGGAGAGGUGAUCCAGGGAUGGGACAAAGGUGUUGAAGGGAUGAGAGUUGGUGAGAAGCGACGCAUCGAGGUCCCACCCAAGUUUGGGUGCGUCCCUCCUUUCAGAAUUUUAUUUUGCACCUGCAUGACCUUGCUUUCUAUCACUGAGCACUGCCAUGUAGAGGGGCACAAUGUACCCAGUAUUAGGUACGGCGAUAAAGGAGCCCCACCAGACAUUCCCGGGAAUUCAACCCUUGUCUUUGACGUAGAAUUGAAGGCUGUCUCCUGAAGAGGAAUGCUAUUUUGGGGUUCUUACUUUGAUCAUUUAUUGGAAUAAAAUCAUGUUUGUGUUGACUCAUCUUUCCACA